UAAAGAACAUAAACCUAUGAUUUAAACAACAACAAAAAAACAUAAACCCAUUUGUGUUGUGUGGGUUUGGGUUUUUGCACCAUCCCACACUGCAUCUUGAGCUAUCACCACAAUCAACGAUGCUGAGUUUCAGGAUGAGAAACUUGUUGUCCCGUGUCAAAACAAAGACAAAGAAACCCAUCAGAAACAAAAACUCUCACAAACUCAGAAACCAAAACCACAUUUCCAUUAAAAAAUAUUCUCCAUUUCCUAUAGAAGAAGAUGAUACCGAAGAAGGUUUCAGCAUCAAAACCUCUGCACCAUCACAUACUCAUGGAGUUCAGCCCUUGGGAAAUCUCUACCUCAACCCAGGUUCCAUCAAUUCCAGAGACACUGGUUUAGGUAAUCUUCAUACACUCACUGAUGAACUUGUUCUUGAAAUUCUAGGGUUUUUGGAUGGUACAAAUUUGGGGGUUUUGGCCUCUGUUAGUAAAUCGUUUUAUGUUUUCACCAAUCAUGAACCCCUUUGGAGGAAUCUUGUAUUGGAGAAUCUUUUUGGUGGGUUUCAGUAUAAUGGGUCAUGGAAAUCUACUUUUGUUUCUGCUUGUUACCCUUCAUUUGAUAUUUCAAGUAGUGAUGUUAGGAGUUUCAAAGUUAGGGACUUUUAUUCUGAUUAUCUUUUCCAGAGUUGGCUAUGUGCUAAUCUUGAAAUGAAACCUGAGUGGUUGGAGAGGGAUAAUAUAGUUCGAAAGAAGGGAAUUUCGGUUGAAGAAUUUGUGGUGAAUUUUGAGGAGUUCAAUAAGCCGGUGUUGUUGGAAGGGUGUAUUGAUAAUUGGGAUGCAUUGAGGAAUUGGGAUAGAGAUUAUUUGGUGCAGUUAUGUGGUGAUGAUGUUAAGUUUGCGGUUGGGCCGGUGGAGAUGACGCUUGGAGAUUAUUUUGGAUACUCGGAUCAAGUUAGAGAAGAAAGACCGAUGUAUCUGUUUGAUCCAAAUUUUGCCGAAAAAGUUCCAAAAUUGGGUUCUGAAUAUGAAGUUCCGGUGUAUUUUCGGGAGGACUUGUUUGGUGUUUUGGGUGAUGAGAGACCUGACUAUCGGUGGAUUAUUAUUGGACCAGCUGGGUCUGGAUCGUCAUUCCAUGUUGAUCCAAAUUCAACUUCGGCUUGGAAUGCUGUGAUCAAGGGGUCUAAGAAAUGGGUAUUGUUUCCUCCCGAUGUAAUUCCGCCCGGUGUUCAUCCUAGUCCUGAUGGUGCGGAUGUUGCAUCUCCUGUUUCAAUAAUUGAAUGGUUCAUGAACUUUUACGGUGCAACGAAGAAUUGGAAAAAGAAGCCAAUUGAGUGCAUAUGUAAAGCUGGAGAGGUUAUCUUUGUGCCUAAUGGAUGGUGGCAUUUGGUGAUCAACUUGGAGGAAUCAAUUGCCAUAACGCAAAACUAUGUUAGUAGGAGAAAUUUGGUAAAUGUGUUGGAUUUUCUUAAAAGGCCAAAUGCAAGCACACUGGUCUCUGGAACAAAGGAUAGAGUAAAUUUGUAUGAUAAGUUCAAGAAUGCUAUUGAGGCUUCUUUUCCUGGAGAAAUUGAUGAACUGACCCAAAAAGAAGAAGAGAAAAAAAUCCAGCAAAGGAAACUUUCCUUCUGGGAUUCUGUUGCAGAUGCCAAUGUGGGAGCUUUCAAGUUCUCAUUCUAGAGAAAUUCUUACUUAGUAGCAACAACUGAUAUUUUGCUGAUCUAAAGUUUUGACAGAUUAUAAUAAUCAAUUUUGACAUUUUGUUUAGUUUUUAAUUCUUUGUACUCUAUUUCUUUGGUACUAUUACAAACAAAGUACAGAAUUCCAAUUGCAUUUGGGGGUUGUAAAAUCUGGUAUUCCUUUGAUUGUUUCAACGUUUUCACUAGCUAGAAGACUCUCUUGUAUUAUUUGCACCUUGGAAAUAUUGAAGUUACUAUGUUGACAAUGUUCACAUAUGA